UCAGGAUCCGGUAUUGGAGACUGCACUACUCAGUAUGACAUGUUAAGGGAUUUUCACACAGAGGUCGAUUGUCGCACCUCGUGAUUCAUUUUCAAUGGGGGGUUAAUACUGCCCAAACGCAGUGUUGCCCCCUGUGUGAAGAGACCUUGAGCUUACAAACAUUAGCUAAUGUUCUUAAUCUGUAACGAAUUAGAGUGUAGAUUUUACAGUAAAUACCUGGCAAAACAGUUGCCAAUAAAGUCUUGUAAAAGUGCUGUUAAUUACUGGAGAAAGAAAUUACAGUAUAUUACAAGAUACAGGGUUUUGUUGUGUAUAAAUUACAGCAAUUACUUGUUAACAGAAAAAAAACUAUUAAUUGUAAUGUUGUUUACAACAUAAUCUUGUAUUGAUGUGUUACAUAGUGCAGCAAUGAAUGAAAAUUAGCAUAAAGAUCAUGCAAAAUCUUUAAACUUUUAAAAUGCCAUAGAAAAUGAAUACACAGCAGAUGCAAUCACAUAAAUUACAAAUGUUGUAACGUUACCUGAAAAUCGUCACUGUUGUGAGUAGGUAUCAUUCAGCUGUGGCGCUCACUGAUCGUGGUUUCCCUCUGCACCUGUAGCUAGAUGAUGCAAAAUUGCACAAGACACGUAAUGUUAGAUUAGAGUCACAUUUGGUCACCGAUAAGGUUGUGUAACUUAGAACUCUGCAACCAACGUUAAUGAAUGUCUAGUAUAACAUGAGUUAAUGUCUAAUAAUAUCAGCGAUGACUCAACCUAUCUCUGCUAAGAUCCAUUCAAAAAACUUCCUACUGGAGCGAAAAGCCCAUUGUCCAAUGGCCGGUUAUCCCGUUACGUUACGUAACUUAAUUUUUGCAGAAGACCUGUAGAAGUUAAAUGUCAGCCAAAAUUACAAGUAAUUCUUAAAGAGUCAUACAAAGUGAAACGUUAUGACACUAUAAUUUAUACAUUGUAUUAUGAUUUAUCUGUUAAAUUGAGCAAUAUCUCAAGGGAGUCUGGAAAGUCACUGGACAUACCAUAAUUUCUCAACAGCAGGCAUUCAAAGCAGUUGGGUUUUGUUUUCAGGGUACCGGGACUAAUGUUAUGGACUUUCGGUCCCCUUCAGGUUGUCUCAUUGGAACAAUAGCUUGCCAGCCUGUGUUAAAAUAUAUCAUAAAAACAGAGUAUAAUCAUCAAUGGAACAGUGUUAAUCGGGAGCUACCGGCCACCUCACCUGCCAUGCUGCAGAAUGCAUCACCAUGGUUACCAGCUGCUGCAGAGUUUCAGGUGUGUUUCAGGUCACCUCACACCUCAGCCAGGCUCACAGCACACGGUCAACAACAUUUAGGCAACUACAGACGACGUUUUAACUCCGACUUUCAGCGCCAAAUCUCGACUCUCCCGAUGGCGAACAUGGCAGCAGAGAUGGCCCGGAGGAAGGCCCGGGAGGAGGAUGGCGCCGGUUGCCGGGACAACGCCGUCCCCUUCAACCAGCAGAGCUUUGAGCAGCUGCAGAGCGAGUGUCUGCAGACCGGCUCACUGUUCUGUGACCCGAUCUUCCCCGCAGGCUGGGACUCCCUGGGAUACAACCAGCUGGGACGCUACUCCUCCAAAACCAAAGGCGUGGAGUGGAAACGCCCCACGGAGCUGUGUUCUAAUCCUCAGUUUAUUGUUGACGGAGCGAAGAGAACGGAUAUCUGUCAGGGAGAACUGGGCGACUGCUGGCUGCUAGCAGCUAUCGCCUCUCUGACUCUGGACCCUCAGAUUCUGAGCAGAGUGGUUCCUCCCGGACAGAGCUUCAGCUCGCAGUACGCCGGCAUCUUCCACUUCCAGCUGUGGCAGUACGGGGAGUGGGUGGACGUUGUCGUGGACGACCGGCUGCCAACCAGAGACGGGAAGCUGCUGUUCGUCCACUCUGCAGAGGGAGACGAGUUCUGGAGCGCUCUGCUGGAGAAAGCCUACGCCAAGGUGAACAGCUCGUACGAGGCUCUGACCGGAGGUUCGAGCAUCGAGGGUUUCGAGGAUUUCACCGGAGGAAUCGCAGAGAGCUAUGACUUGAUGAAAGCUCCGCCCUUCCUGUUCAACAUCAUGAGGAAGGCCCUGACACGCGGCUCACUGCUGGGCUGCUCCAUCGACAUCUCCAGCGCCUACGACACAGAGGCCAUCACCAGUCAGAAGCUGGUGAAAGGACACGCCUACUCCAUCACUGCAGCAGAGCAGGUUCAUCACGUUGGUUCUGUGGUGGAGCUGCUGAGAAUCAGAAACCCCUGGGGACAGGUGGAGUGGACCGGAGCCUGGAGCGAUGAUUCGAAGGAAUGGGAUGAAGUUGAGCCGGAGGAGAAGAGGAAGCUGGAUCACUCAGCUGACGAUGGAGAGUUCUGGAUGUCCUACUCUGACUUUCUGAUCAAGUUUUCCCGCCUGGACAUCUGUAACCUGACCCCCGACACGCUGACCAGCGAGACCGUCGGCCGCUGGAGCUUCGCUGAGUUUGAGGGCACGUGGAGAGUCGGCUCCACCGCCGGAGGCUGCAGGAACUAUCCUGCUACCUUCUGCUCUGACCCGCAGUUCUUUAUCCGUCUGGAGGAUGUAGACGAUGAUCCGCACGACGGCGAGGAUGGCUGCACCGUUCUGAUUGGUCUGAUGCAGAAAGACACUCGUAGGGAGAGACGCUUCGGACGAGACCUCAACACCAUCGGGUUCGCCAUCUACAAGGUUCCUGAUGAGUAUAAGGGUGGCAGUGGCGUGCGUCUGGGCCCCGAUGUCCUGCUGCGGGUGGCGCCAGUGGCUCGCAGUCAGAACUUCAUCAACCUGAGGGAAGUAAGCGAGCGCUUCAAGCUGCCGCCUGGAGAGUACGCCAUCAUCCCCUCAACCUUCGAACCGCACCGAGCAGGAAGCUUCAUCCUGCGGGUGUUCACUGAGAAACACGCCCACUCCAGUCCGAUGGAGGAGGAGCUAACCGCUGACAUCCAGGAGCUUCCUGUUGAUGACUCUUUCCGUCGACAGGACUCGGAGAUCUCGGCCUUCGAGCUGCAGCAGGUUCUGGACCGAGUCGUCUCUCAGAGGUCAGAUGUGAAGACGGACGGCUUCAGUCUGGAGACUUGCCGCAGCAUCAUCAGCCUGCUGGACAUGGACGGCAGCAGUAAACUGGGUCUACUUGAGUUUCACCAUCUGUGGACGAAGAUCCAGAAAUACCUGGAGAUCUUUAAGAGUCACGACUCGGACGCUUCUGGUACGAUGAGCAGUCAUGAGAUGAGAGCUGCUUUGGCUGAAGCUGGUUUCCAGGUGAACAGCUCUGUGAUUCACGAGAUCGUCAAUCGAUACGCAGACACAAGUUUUGCCAUUGACUUUGACUGUUUCAUCGGCUGCCUGAUCCGACUGGAGCUGCUGUUCAAGAUGUUCAGAACUCUGGACCAGAAGAAGGAGGGCAGGAUCCAGCUAGACCUGCAGCAGUGGCUCUGUCUUGCCAUCAACUGACCAAGGAGCAUGCUGGGAGUUUUCACCUGCAGAUUAAACAUGAUCAGGAACAGGAAGUCUGUUUAAAUGUAUUAAAUCUGUGAAAACUUUAUUCACCUUUAAAUAAAACUGAAUCUGAACACUA